AUGUCGAGGCAUGUACUGCCUCCAGAGCCCAAGACCAGAGAACAGUUGUUACAAUAUUCCUGUCAGCUCACACUGGACCCAAACACAGCACACACACUCCUCUCUCUGUCUGAAGGGAACAGAAAGGUGACCAAUACAGACCAAGUCCAACCAUAUCCUGACCAUCCAGACAGAUUCACCAACUGGUGGCAGGUUCUGUGUAGAGAGGGUCUGUCUGGACGCUGUUACUGGGAGGUGGAGAGGAGUGGUGGUGUUGAUACAGCAGUCUCAUAUAAAGACAUCAGCAGAACAGAGAGAGGUAAUGAUGGUGCAUUUGGACUCAAUAACAAGUCCUGGAGUUUAGAUUACGAUAGUGAUGGUUAUUGUUUCAGACACAAUAAUGUUGAGACUGAAGUAUCAGGCCCUCAGUCCUCCAGAGUAGGAGUGUACCUGGAUCACAAGGCAGGUACUCUGUCCUUCUACAGGGUCUCUGACACAAUGACCCUCCUCCACAGAGUCCAGACCACAUUCACUCAGCCCCUCUAUCCUGGGUUUUGGCUCUAUGAUUAUAAUGGUACUGCUGAGCUGGUUAAACUGUAGUAGGGUCCACAUAGUUACUAGUCAUGCUGGUGUAGUCUAUAGCUGAGCUGGUUAAACUGUAGUAGGGUCCACAUAGAUACUAGUCAUGCUGGUGUAGUCUAUAGCUGAGCUGGUUAAACUGUAGUAGGGUCCACAUAGAUACUAGUCAUGCUGGUGUAGUCUAUAGCUGAGCUGGUUAAACUGUAGUAGGGUCCACAUAGAUACUAGUCAUGCUGGUGUAGUCUAUAGCUGAGCUGGUUAAACUGUAGUAGGGUCCACAUAGAUACUAGUCAUGCUGGUGUAGUCUAUAGCUGAGCUGGUUAAACUGUAGUAGGGUCCACAUAGAUACUAGUCAUGCUGGUGUAGUCUAUAGCUGAGCUGGUUAAACUGUAAACUGAUUUGUUAUUAAUUAAAAUUCAAUACAAUGUUUUAAUCUUGUACAUUUCCAUGAAUCAUGAUGUCUGGUGUUGAUGUAUAUUGGUUGUCAUUCAGAACCAUUGAUAUGUUUUCUCAGUUGGUUCUCUGUCUCUAUGUAAUUCUCCUCAGUAUCAUUGAUCAGCUUGUUGGCUCGGUCCUAAUUGAUGUGUUCUCUGUCACCUGGAGCUGCAUGGAAAAUGGUCCAGGAACUAAAGGACAAUUCAGGACUAGUCAGCCCACUACAAGCUGGUAUCACUUACUUUCUACUAAACUAUAUGGUCUGGUUUCCCAGACACAGAUGAAUCCUAGUCCUGGACUAAACAGUAUGUUCAAUGUAGAUGUCCAGGAAACCGGCCCUAAAUGUGUCAUCUUUCAUCCUCCCAUACUGCUCAGUCCAGCAACAUUAAACCUGUCCAGCAGGUGGUGCUGUUGACCAAACAAUAAAACCAGCAGAUAUCUUGACUUGCCACUCAGUAUAUCAGUAAUGUUCAGAAUAGUACUUUAAUAUCAUUGGAGAUUGAUGGUCUUUUUAAUCCACUAUCCAGAGUCAGGAACAGAUGAAGUUAGGUCUGCUACUGUUCAGUGAUUAAAUAUGAUUUAUGGUGAUGGGAAAUAAUAAAAAACACUCAACUUCAUCUAGU